AUGCGAGAUCCGGAAGAGGCGACUCCACUUGCGGCUUUCGCUUCCGCCCUGAAUUCACCCUCCGCCAGCGGUCCUGGUUGCUUUGAGAUGAACAGAAGAUGUCGGUUUCCGGUGCUGAAGGCCGAGCUGAAGUUCCUGGAGUCGAUUUUUGACCCAAAUCACGAGCCGGUCUCCGAAUUAAUUGACUGGAAACCCGACGAACUGGCUGCCAAUUCAACCGUAACGAGAGAGACGCUGCUGAUCAUCCACUGCAACAUCACGGAGUCCUACCCCUCGACAUCCCCAAUAUGGUUUGUUGACUCCGAUGAUCCUAGCCUGACUGAGGUGUUGGAGCGCUUGGAGGAUGUGAGGAAAGGCAGCACGUUGCUUCUUCAGCAGUUGAAGCGGCUUAUUUGUGAUCUCUGUCGGCUUUACAAUCUGCCACAACAUCCAGAUGUGGAAAUGCUGGACCAGCCUCUGCCUGCUUGCCCCAUCACACAGGAGCGUAAGCAUGGCCCGACGGACGAGGUGACAUCUGAGGAGGAAGAGGAGGAGGAAAUGGGAGAGCAGGACAUAGACCUGGACCAAGACCUGGACCAUUAUGAGAUGAAAGAAGAGGAGCCCCCAGAGGGCAAAAAGUCAGAAGACGAUGGGAUAGAAAAAGAAAAUCUGGCCAUCUUGGAAAAAAUACGUAAAAACCAGAGACAAGAUCACUUGAAUGGUGCAGUCUCUGGUUCAGUGCAAGCUUCGGAUCGCUUAAUGAAGGAACUCAGGGAGAUCUACAGGUCGCAGAGUUACAAGACAGGUAUUUAUUCGGUCGAACUAGUCAAUGACAGCCUUUAUGAAUGGCACGUCAAGUUAAGGAAGGUAGAUCCAGAUAGUCCAUUGCAUAGCGACUUGCAGGUUUUAAAAGAAAAGGAAGGAGUGGAAUUCAUUCUGCUCAAUUUCUCUUAUAAAGAUAACUUUCCUUUUGACCCCCCUUUUGUACGGGUUGUCUCUCCUGUGCUCUCCGGAGGUUAUGUCCUGGGAGGAGGAGCGCUGUGCAUGGAACUUCUCACAAAACAGGGCUGGAGCAGUGCCUACUCAAUAGAGUCUGUCAUUAUGCAGAUAAAUGCAACUCUGGUUAAAGGCAAAGCCAGAGUCCAGUUUGGAGCCAAUAAGAACCAGUACAAUCUUGCCAGAGCACAACAGUCGUACAAAUCCCUCGUGCAGAUUCAUGAAAAGAACGGCUGGUACACACCACCUAAAGAGGACGGAUAAGGAGCGGCCACCACUAUGCACUGGGAACAUUUCUUUGGGUCAUCUUGUUUGCUUCAGAAUAUUUUCCCUCUCUGACUUACUGGGAAUAUAUCAUCUUUCUCAGAGAAACCAUCUCGCUGCCUCAUCUGACAAGUAUUCUCUCGCCCUGCUGCGGAAAAGACUAAAACUCUGGUCUCUUUUGCCCCCUCAGUGUCUCAGUGAGGAGGAGAAUGUGAGGGUAACACUUGUCCAGUUUUCUAAAUGUUCUCUUUAUUUUUGGGGGGGAGAGAAGGAGAAAAUGAGGUUUUUCUUCCUUUAGAUGUGGGGAAAUACAUUUUUAGCUGCUCUGUCAAAGUGGGACCCCACAGUCAAAUUACCCUCUCUGUCUAAAUGAUGUUUGUUUUGUUUUUUCUUUAAAAAAAAAAAAAGAUCAAAACCGAAGCUCUUGAAGUGGCAUCUCAUUGCACCCGUUUUGAAAUUGACUGUGAUUAGGCUUUUUCUUUUGGAAAUUAACAGGUACAUAAAUGCAAAUAUUGUUUUAGACAUUUUUUUUUUCAUUAUUUGAACAUCGUAGACCAUAAGAGAGCAAAUUUCAGAUGUUGGAAGCGCAUCUUAAAACCGAGACGACCCACUCCUCUCUCUUACCCCUCGGCUCUUGUCGAACUUUAUGAAGUGUAGAAAUCAAAAUGCUUCAGUGUUGUUGAAAGAAGAUCGGCGGCUCAGCCGGUCACGCAUAGGAAGACGUGUGAUAUUUUACCAGAGGAUGCGUUUUGACAGGCCUAUCAUUGAAGCUGGAGGGCUCCUUCUGCCUUAUUUCUGCUUUUGGCCCUCAAAGUUCUGGUGGAGUUUUCUGUUUUUGGCUAUAGAGGUUGACGCCGACACCUGAAGUCCUUUCUGCUCUGAGUUAACAGCAUGUUGUACAGGAGUCGCACUCCUGGUUUAGUUUAAAGGUCUGACAGCAGUCCCUUCCUUAGAACUGGAAUCCGCUCCGCACGGUCAACCAGCUGAAGACGUCCAUCGUCUUUGUCUGACAAAGCGUGGCUAUUAAACGGCUCCACUCGUCUAGUUCAGUUUAAAUUAAAUUUUCCUCUCCUCGCUUUUCUGCAGUCUUGCGCCACUACCUUCUGGGUCUGUUCUUGAUUCCCUCUUGUUUUUUUCAUCUCUAACUCUCCCAGCUUUCUUUGUGUCAGACUAAUUGCGUCUCAACCAACAUGCAGAAAGACGUUUUGUUUUUCAGACCACUUUUAUCGAUUUUGUUCCCUGAUUUUUCUUUCUUUUUUUCUUUUUUUUUCUUACCCACAUAUUGCCAUUUAGGUCCCUCGUACCAACGUUUUGUUCUCCGAAGCAGCCUACUUCAUUUCCAUGUCCUGCAACUGUGGUGUAUGACAUUCUAAUUUGUUGUAGGUAAAUAUUUCUUUGAAUUAAAGCUAAAAUUGUCAUUAAAAAAUGCUUAAAUCUGAUGUGUAAUUUCCUUUAAUUUUGUAUUAUCUGAAAAUUACUUUGUAUUCACAUUUAUUUUGCUCCUAAUCCCUUAUUGGGCCCGUUGACUUUUAUACAAUCUGUUUGCCCAGAUCAAACCUUAAAAUCUCUUUAGUGCGCUCCAACUGGUCAAUGUCCUUCAUUGAAGCUAUGAAACUACGUUUUCUUUAAGUAGACUAUGAUUGUACAAAAAAAAUACUUUAUUUCAGGUGUAGGUCAUUACGUAUUUCACACUUUUGCUGUUUUGAUUAUAAACAGCUUCAGAAAGGCAAACAGCUGGUCUGCGGGAUGCAGCGCUUCCGUUUAAAGAUUGUGUAGUUUUGAGGGUUGGAGCGAGCCGAGUGAACUUUCCUCCGCCGUACGUCUCGUGAUCGUCACCAGUUUCCUCUGUCUUUGACCUCUUUGUUCUGAUCCUUUCUCGCUGUCUCUGUUAGAAACAUCCAAACCUUGACUUCCUGUUUAAUAGCCACACCUUGUCGGUCAAUUACAGCUUUUCAGGAUUAUUGCUGUUGCCCACAUCUUGGUUCACUCUUGCUCUGCCCUCCUCUCUGCAGCGACGCUGCAGCGUCAUCUUCAAAGCUCCCAUGGCCGGUAAAAAUGUUGCACAAAACGUAUUUUUUUGUUUUGUUUUUGUUACAAUUGGAAAGGUGGGGUAGUAUUGUGAUGGAAAUCUAAAAUCCUAACAAGAUUCUCAACAUUUUGACCUUAUUGAUACAAUGUGCCACACAGGGACACACACUGUAUCUGUCAAUCUGAUGGUCCUUCUGCAGUUUGUCAACAUUUUCUGCAAAAGUAUGUCUUAAAGUCAACUCAGGUAAUCAACGAUCCUCGCGAGAAGGUUCAUGCAUAUUUGUGUUGGGUUUAUCUGGGUUUAAAUAGUGCUCUGUUGGACUGAUGUUUGGCCUGCUCAUCAAGCACUGUUGUUUGAAACAAGGUUUUAGAAGAAGAAAAAAAACGCUUUCUUUUGGUCUGUGAUCCAGACCAGGAAAGUUGAAGACCCUAACGGGGUGUGGGAUUUCUGUAGCAUGAUGACCUCUUCAAUAGCCACUGUAAUAUUUGCUUUGUUUACUCCCAGUUUUAGUGUGCAAUCAAAUGUUUCCAGAUCGUUCGCAUAGCUGGCACCCAUGUUUUUGGAGAAGUGCUAAUAGGAACAUGUGAUCUUAAUGUUUUCAAGUCAGGAAGGAAAAAAAAAAGAUCUAUAUUUCUCGCUUCAUAUUCUGUUGUUACAUUUGUCGGAUGUGUUUGAGGGCGGAGAGUUUUUGCUAUUGGUUUCAGAAAAUGUCCCUCCACUGACCAGUUUGUGUUUGGCACAGAAUAUCUACACCAUACGUUUUAUUUUUGGCUUUUUUACUGACAACUUUUGCUGGAGAGCCUUCGUUCAUAUGAAAAAAUGCCUCUAGAAAAGCCAAAACUCUGAUCACAGGGGAUAACAAAGAGGAUUUAAGGUUGACAGCCAUGAAGUGAUCACAUCUCCACACUUCCCCACCUGGACUGUGUUGGAAAACCUCUGUAUCUCUAUCGUUUAAAUUUUCUAUCACCAUCAAAGAAAUGAUCAAGUCUUGCUUUUGGCUCACCCUACUUUGUGUUUAUUUUUCAGUUUCCAUUUGAAGAUAUUUUGACCAUGUACAGUAAUUUGUAAACUUGCAUCAAGUUUAUGAAUAAAGAAUUUUAAAAUAUA